CCGGCGGAAGGGGGCAAGGCUCCCCGGAGGCUGGAGGUUCGGAGCGGAGGGGCACCGAGUCCGAGGAUGGGAGGCUCCCAGAGCAGCGGCAGCGAGGGCUACCACGUCUAUGGGAUACAAGAUAAUUCCCCAGCUCAAAUUGCAGGUUUGGAGCCAUUCUUUGAUUUUAUUCUGGCCAUAGGAAAUACCAGACUGAACAAGGACAAUGACACUUUUAAAGACCUGCUGGUUGUCAAUGUGGAGAAACCAGUGAAGCUGGAAGUGUAUAAUAUGAAAGCUGCAAGGAUUCGGGAGGUGGAAGUCAUCCCCAAUAACAUGUGGGGUGGUCAGGGUCUGCUGGGAGCGAGUGUUCGCUUCUGCAGUUUUGAAGGUGCCCAUGAACAUAUCUGGCAUGUGCUGGAUGUUGAACCAAAUUCUCCAGCAGCAAUGGCAGGUCUCAAGCCACAAACUGAUUACAUUAUAGGCGCUGAUCAAGUGCUGCAAGAGACUGAAGAUUUUUUCAACCUGAUUGAAAGCUAUGAAGGAAAGCAACUGAAACUGAUGGUUUAUAACAGUGAGACGGAUGCCAUUCGAGAAGUUGUUGUUACGCCCAAUGGAGCCUGGGGAGGAGAAGGAAGCUUGGGUUGUGGCAUUGGAUAUGGCUAUUUGCACAGAAUCCCCUCCCAUCCUGUCGUACCAAAGCAAAAGGUUGAGAUUCCACCACCACCUGUAGCAAGCACUCCACCCCAGAACCUAGAAAAGGGAUACAUGGAGGCACCUUUAAUUGCUCCAAGUUCACCAAUUGUUGGAACAAGUGAGUGUCCAGAUUUGGAACAGGGCCUGACCAACUUAACAGUGGAAAGUUCACUACUCCCUCCUCCACCUAUACAACGGGUCAUGGACCCAGGUUUUCCACCUGGAUCCACAGACAUUCCCGAAGCUCGUGACUUAUCUGAUGUAUUGAACGUGGAAGUGACGUCAUCCUCCUUGCCUAUCUUUAACACAAUAACAGAGAGAAACACUGAAACAAAUGGGGUCCUCAUCAAUGAAGAACUUGAUCUCCACUCCGACCACACGAUUGGAGGUGUGCCUGAAGAUGUAAAUUCUGUCAGUGCUGAACUUUGUGCUGCUGCUUCAAUGGAGCAAGGCCUGGAUCCGGAAAGCUCUUCAAUGUCUGACUUGACUGUCCCAUCGCUUCCCACAUCUGCUGAAACACAAGUGGAUGCUGACUGUACAGAAUCUGAGCCAGCGGACCUCCUAGAGUGCCUGCCUCAAGGUCAAGAUGAAACCUGUGAUAUAUCGGUGACUGAAGAAGAAGCAUAGGGUUGAAGAAAGAGCAGUGAAUGGGGUAGUAGUGAAUGAGAUAUAUCUCACGACUGAAAAUCUUAUCUGUGUUUCCUUUCAACCUAUCUGGCAACAUUGAUAACUGCAAGAGAUGUACAUUGAGGCUAUUUUCUUUGCUCCUUGUCUAAAGGCUUUGAGUGUUUUAUAGCUUCUGUUACAAUAACUGUUCCACUAUAGAGUGGAAGCAAUAAGGAGGUGUUCGAGUGCUAAAUGUUUUGCAUUCCAAUCAAUUGGCUGCUAAACUAAAAUUCUGCUGACACACCCACCUUUUCCUCAAAACAUAAUCUUGUAUAUCGAUUCAGAAACAGUAAAAAUAACUAUAACCUGACCUUCAUAGGGAGAAGUUUAGUAGGAUCAUUGAAAUUCCAAGUUUUGAAAAAGAUAUGUUAGAUCUUUUUAAGUGCAUUUUUCUUGGUCUACAACACUACGUGCCAAUAAACAGUUACCAUUAGUACUGAGUAGAAUGCAGCUUGAGGCAAUGGACUCUCUCUCAAACAUUGAAAUGCUUCAGGAGUUUUGCACUCAAAUUGUGUGCUGUUGUCUGAAUCCUUUGUAAUUUGUCAAUCACUUUUAUUUCCCAUUUAUAAAGCGAAUGUGAGUUGUUUAAGUUCACUACUAUAAUGUUGAUAGAAAUAUUCUCAACAGUAAUUGGAGAUGAAGAGUAAAUGUUGGUUUUAUUAACAAUGUGUAUGUCCCAUAAAUAGUACAAGAAAUUUGUUACUGCGCGGUGAAUCAAUAACAAUUGGAGAAAAGAAAAUUAACAUCUGUGGACCUUGGAUAAAUGGCACAACUCUUUCCCCCUACCCCCUCCCCCCAAAAAAAACAAAACCAACCCUCAGCGAGUGAAGCAAACUUAACAUCAUGGGAAGAGCAGGGCAGAAGAGUUGCUGUAUUUUUCGCUUUCGUUCACACACAAUUGCUGUAUCUUGAGUUGUUGAAAGCGAAAUCUAUAAAUUCAUAACCUCCACUAAUAAUUUUACUUUGCAGCCUGGUUUUGCAUCACUAAAUCUUAUAUGCAGAUAUUUUUCUUUUCACUGUUAAGACUUUUCACUCAAGUUACCAAGCUGUGAGCUAGUAGCCACCUUAAAGGCUGCACAGAAAAUGGUAAAUAACUAAUUUUAUGUAAACAUUUCCCUUACAGCUGACUAAGAAAACUCUUUAUUACUUAAUGUUACCUUAUUCUCUGGUACAUCUUCUGUCCUUUCCUUCCCACUUCAGGAUGCAUUGACUCUUAAUGGGAUACAGUUCUUCAAGGGCCUGGCCAGUCUUCAUGCAAGUGUCAGUCAGUAGUCUAACCUUGGCAGGUACCAAGAUCAUGUCCUGUUCUGUGUUUACUGGAUGUCCUAAUACAUGUAGUUUCCAAAAGUACCAAUGGAGUCAUCAAGAGCAGGAUGUAUUUCACACUCUGCCAUCAAGCCACUUGUUUUGCUGUGUUCUGGUUCAUUUAAGCCAAAGACAAAAAAACUGGCUGCCUUUUUGUAGCCUGUUCAAAUCAAGCAAGAUUGUUUGUCAAUUGUUUAACUAGCAUGCACUUGAAUUAUAUACAUAGAUGCCAAUAAUGUUGUUUUUGCAGAGUUAGUUUUAUACGCAACACUAUAAGUAUAUCUUGAGUAUGAGAUUCACUAGAUGAAACAUUCACUGUUUCCCAGGAGCAUAGAAUUGCACAAAGAUCAGCCUGUACUGUAAUUUAGUAUGCUGUCUGCCCCUUAAGCCAGUUAAUGAAGGGCUUUGGAGAGUUUUAUUGCUUUUCAAAGUGAUGCACAAGGUAAUGUAUGGUAAUAAUGGGAGUGAUCCUACAUGUAGAACUAGUAUUGCUACUUGAGGCUUUGGGAUACUGUAGUGCCUAAUACUUUAACCAGAUUAUAUAGCUUAUUUUUCUUUCCCUCCAUUUCUGAGGAGUGUUUUCUUUUCAUUGGAAAUGUUAUUCCUUCAUUAUCUCUCUUUAUUUCACUGGACCUUGUUUGGUUUAUUUGACACUGAAAUUUUUGAUACUGUUUAAACCAUAGUCCUUGGUGUGUGACUGGGGAGACAGCUUUAAAGGAUGUUUAUAUGUUGGGGAAUAACUCUAAGUGAAUAUUAUUGCACAGUAGCCUGUCUAUGAUGCGCUUCAUGUCAGAGCAGAUGUGCAAUCAAAAUGAAAUCUUGUGAUGGAGCUUGAAGGAGUAUUGUAUUUUGUCUUUUCCAAAAAUACUGACACAAUUUUUAUCUAUUUUCUGGUCCUACAUAUCAAGAUUGCUCAUUGCCAGUUUUAUCACUCACCAUAUUUGUAUACCCCAGUCCAACACCGGCAUCUCCAAAUCAUAUUUGUAUAGGUCCCCCUAUUGUUUUGUUUAGUUGUGACUGUUUAUUGAGUGCAAACUCAAAUUGUCAUCACAGUCUUUUCUCGGUGGGCUGACGGAAAUGCCAUUAACAAGUUGCAUAAUAUGCAACGUUGCUUUGAAAAAAACUCGCAAUACUAGAAAUGCAGAAGGUGCUAAGUCAGUCUGGGUAUACCCAAAAUGUAUUGACCAUCAUUCUCUUCGUGAUGUUCAAUGUCUGUUUGCUAAUACUUUGAAGAUAUUAAUGGAUGUUACUUUUUUAUAUUAAAUAAUUUUUUAAAAAAAGACGUGAAAUGCACAUUUCCUAAAAUGCUGGUACUUCGGUUGUGUGUUUCUCAAUUAUGUGGUCCUUAAACGCGAAUUUUAGUAGUCAUGUGGUAUUAGCAGGUGUCUGAGGCUACCUCUGACUUUAAACUCACUCAUUGCUGUUUAAUAUCGAGAAGAAUUUUGCCAGGCCUGUAUGUACAUGGUUUAUUGCCAGAGUUGCAGCUAUCCAGGUCUGCAGAGGAAGAACAGAGAUCUGGUAAACUGGCCCAAAUUAAAAAUUAUGCCGUUGAUUGACAACCAUCCUGCUGUGUGGAACUUCUAUUAAUGGUGUGAAAAACUGUAGCACUAGAUUUAUUAUCUUUAUAGAAUUAGGGUCUAGUCCAAUUUCCACAUCUUAGUGUUUUCAAUUGGACAAAUGCAUUGCGUAUAAAUGUAAUUUUAAUGAUGCAACAGAAGAAGCUUUUGAAAGGUGAAUGCUGACAAAGGGAAUUUAUAUUUUAUCAAAGGUUAUAUGCUUGUGUGUGGGAAGAUGGGCCAAUGUAUGUAAUUUUUUCUUCUAAAAACAUUAAAAUAUUUAAUUUUGGUG